AUGCGCGCGGCAUUGGAGUUUACCGAGGCGAAAGCCAAAGUAAACAGCCUGCCAGGUCCAGCUACUGUUGGUCGUCGGAGGUACACACGCCCGUCGUUGCCUGCCAACCGCGCCACUUUGCCAGACACCCUGACGCUCAACGGUUGGUUUACUCGUUGUCAUAGUAACCGAACGCGACAAAGGUACAGAAUCGACGAUAUCCUUUUCCUCGAGUACAUUCGUAAGUGUGAGGUGACGAGUCCGAUCGUUGACAUUCACACCCAAGCUGGUGUCCUGAUUGGUCCUGAAGGUCACUGCUCGUGGAAGCUCCAACAUCUGGCUCGACUGCACGUCAAAGCGUCCGAUUUGUCGAAGCACGAACUCAACGCAGCAUCCGAGCUUUCACUGGAUCGCUGGAACAGAAAAGUCUUGCUGUACAACGAUAAAUCAACACCUCCACAGAUGAUCGAUAGGAGGGCCAGUGUGCCCUCCUACCGUCCACAACGUACUCCCAACUUUACACCAGUAGAUUUUAAUCUUUUCGUGGAAUCAGAGGCCUGCACGACACAUUCUGGUGACGAAGAAGCUUUCCCUACGUCGACUUUGUGGAAAUCGACGACGACUAGGUCCCUUGAAACUCCAAUGAAGCCGUCGGCUGCUUGUGACAUUUCAGUCUGA